GUAAUACCCUCCCCCGAAAUACCACAACCGUUGAGUGGCGAUUUACUUACAGUAAUACUUCUGAGAGGCCCCGGUCUCUACCAAGCGACAUCGGGGGCUCCAUCUGGCCGAGUAUUAUCCAUUAUCUCCAUCCCCCAAACGCCUGAUACAAUAAACGGUUGGGUACCUGACCACCUAAUUUUUACCUAGGUACCUUUGUCAUUUCGAACAAUUCUAGACCAAUUUUGUUGUUAUUUCCGUACUUGUACCAUUUCCUGUUGUUUCUCUUACACUCCAUUCCACAACAAGAGGUUUCUGUUUGAUCGCGAAUCCUCACGACCAGACUCUGCGAGCGUUUUUCCUGCCCCGUGGUGGACGGGGAAACAGUGUCGAGUCUGCGCACGAAGCAUCAUGGUCUCCAGCGAGGGUUCUGAAAAGACACCGCUCGUUUCUCUGAUAGCUGGAGGAGCCGCCGGUGGUGUCGAGGCGACAAUCACAUAUCCGUUCGAGUUCGCCAAAACUCGGGUCCAAUUACACGAAGACAGCCCGACGCGCAACCCCUUCCGCGUGAUCAAGGCGGUGAUCGAAAAGGAAGGCCCGCGGUCGCUGUACAAGGGAUGCGAGACGCUCGUGGCGGGCACGGUGCUCAAGGACGCCAUCCGGUUCAUCUCGUUCGACAGCAUCAAGAGUGCCUUCAAGGACCCCGAGACCGGCACGCUCUCGCCGCUGCGCAACCUGAUGGCGGGCAUCUCUGCGGGCGUGGUGGCGAGCACCUUCGCCGUCACGCCGACGGAGCGCAUCAAGACGGCGCUGAUCGACGACGCGCGCCACGACCGGCGGUUCACGUCGCCGCUGCAUGCCACACGCACCCUCAUCGCCGAGCACGGCUUGCGGACCGCCCUGUACCGCGGGUACGUCACCACGACACUCAAACAGGCGAGCACCACGGCCGUGCGGCUGGGCACGUACAACAUCCUCAAGGACUUUGAGAGGUUGCGCAACAUCGAGCAGACCACGGCCACCACGUUCGCCAAUGGCGCCGUCGCCGGCACCGUCGUCGUCUUCGUCACGCAGCCCUUUGACACGCUCAAGACGCGUGCCCAGAGUGUCAAGGGCGCGGGCGUCGCCGAGGCCCUGAAGAGCGUCGUCGACGACUACGGCGUCAGAGGCCUGUGGAGGGGCAGCACCAUGAGACUCGGCCGGACCGUGCUGGCCGGCGGCAUCUUGUUCACCACUUAUGAAUGGAUUGCCGCCUUGAUCCAGCCCGUGUUGGACAAGAAGUUUGUUCCCAGGGUCAAGGCCGAGUGA